CCUGGCCAGAGGGCAAUGCGGCGGGGGAAACGGGGCAGGCCCCACCUCCUUUGUCCGCCUUGCCCUCCUAUUGGCCAGAGCCGGGGGCCGGAGGCGGAGUCAGGGCCGGGGCCCGAAAGUAGCGGGCAGGGGGCGGGGCGGGACGGCGCGCGGGAGUCGAAGGCUGUUCGCCCUCGGCGGAGCCGGUGCGCGAGGCUGCGGGUGUGCUUGAGCGGCCUGCCCCGGGCCCGCCGCUGCCAUGGACGGUCUGCGCCAGCGCUUCGAGCACUUUCUAGAGCAGAAGAACGUGGCCACCGAAGCGCUCGGAGCGCUCGAAGCCAGGACCGGUGUAGAGAAGCGGUAUCUGGCCGCGGGGGCUCUCGCGCUGCUAAGCCUGUAUCUUCUGUUCGGCUACGGGGCCUCUCUUCUGUGCAAUGUCAUCGGAUUUGUAUACCCCGCAUAUGCUUCAGUCAAAGCUAUCGAGAGCCCAGCCAAGGAAGACGAUACUGUGUGGCUAACCUACUGGGUGGUGUACGCCCUGUUCGGCCUGAUCGAGUUCUUCAGCGAUCUACUCCUGUUCUGGUUCCCUUUCUACUACGCGGGCAAGUGCGCCUUCCUGUUAUUCUGCAUGACUCCGGGACCCUGGAACGGGGCUCUAAUACUGUACCAUCGCGUCAUACGACCGCUAUUUCUAAAACACCACGUGGCCCUAGACAGCGCCGUGAACCAUCUCAGCGGAAGAGCAUUGGACAUAGCAGCUGGGAUAACCCGGGACGUACUGCAGGCCCUAGCACGGGGCCGAGCUCUCGUCACCCCAGCCUCAACAAUGGAGCCCCCAGCCGCUCUGGAACCGGACCCCAAGUCAGAUCAGAGUCUGCUCCUGAAGCACAAGUGAGGUCCCCUGCGAGCCUGUGCACAGAGCCCCUGGCCAGUGACAAAGAGCAGACAGCGGAGGCCCAGGCCUCUGACUCCUCUUCAGACUCCCAGACAGAGAUCGAACAGCAGCGCCGACCCUCAAGCCCGAUGAAGCCAGCAGCCAGCCCAUCCAGGGCCGUGAACGGGCAGUCCCCAUCCCCAGUCAGUCCAGGUUCCGCAUCUGCGUCCCCGGGUCAGCUGGCCACAGGCUCUGUUAGUGGCUCCCAGAUCCCCAGUAAGGCCAGGGGCCACCGCAGCCGGGGCAGUGUGUCAUCCAGGCCUGCACAGCGCACCCGGCUACCCAGUGCAUCCUUGGGGGCCUCUCAACCGGCCAUGCGCUCUGGGGGGUCUUCACAGCCAGCGGGCCGGAACCAGGGGAACAACCAGCAGACUCCUCAGGCCUCGGCAUCAGCCCAGCCAGCUGGCCGGUCGACAGCAGCUGCAUCUGCACCCACCUCCACACAGCGCAUCAGCAUCUCCAACCAGGGCUCUCCCAGAGCCCAGUCACCCAGCACACCCCCUGAUCCUAACCAGGCUGCCAGCAAGGCCCCCAGCGAGCCAGGGGAUGAGGGUUCCAAGAACAACAAGCAGGAACAGAAGGCGCAGGCCACAGAGGUGCCCGGCAGCAGCUCGGUGCCCGAGCCCGAGCGCCUAGUCCCCUGUCACUCGGAGUCCUCUCUGGAGUACAUGUCUGAGUCCACCACGGAGAUCACCUGCAAAUGGCCGGGUUACCAGCUGCGCUGCCCAAGACACUGCUGGCUCUUACAACACCUGGCAUACUAGGGCCACACCUGGCAUCUGCCCGCUGCAGCUACUGGAGCACCGUGAGAGUCACACCAAACAUCCGUCCUUGAGAGCCACAGAAGACUGCCCACCUACAGACCAAAGUCAGACAUCUGCCACAGCACCAAGUGAAACACCACUUGCUGGGCCCCCACAUGUUCAACCUGCCCAUGAAUUCCCUGCGAAACAUCUGCCAUGGGAGCCCCACAUGAGCACAUAAAACAUCUGUCAGGGUGCACGUGAAACACCACCUGGGGUCCCCGUGUAUACCAUCUAUCCUCCGAAACACGCAAUAAAAUCACCGGCUCAGGCUCA